AUGGCCCGCACCAAGCAAACAGCCCGUAAGAGUACUGGUGGAAAAGCCCCCAGGAAACAACUUGCCACAAAGGCCGCGCGCAAAUCCGCACCUACCACUGGUGGAGUCAAGAAACCCCAUCGUUACAGACCCGGUACAGUCGCUCUGCGUGAAAUCCGUCGUUACCAGAAGAGCACAGAACUUUUGAUUCGCAAGUUGCCCUUCCAACGUCUCGUCCGUGAAAUCGCUCAAGAUUUCAAGACUGAUUUACGUUUCCAGUCUAGCGCCAUUGGUGCUUUGCAGGAGGCUGCCGAGGCAUACUUGGUCUCUCUAUUCGAAGAUACAAAUCUUGCUGCUAUUCAUGCCAAGCGUGUUACAAUUCAACCUAAAGACAUCCAACUUGCUCGUCGCCUCCGUGGAGAACGUUCUUAA